AUGAAUGUUUUAUUUCUAGCAACCUCCUAAAUCAAUGAAUAAUGAAAAUAGUGCAAGCGUAAAAAAACCAUCAUUGCCUGCGAAACCAGUUGCGCCAACAAAUAAUCAAACAAAACAAAUUCAAGCUAUUAAACGGCCACCUCCACCUCUACCGUCUCCUCCAAUAAAGAAACCAAAGAUGACAAGUUUGAAAGAUGUAACUCUGUCAGAAGCUGGCAAAUAUGGAACUUUAAAUGAAUUUGCAUUUUUUGAUAAGGUACGAAAAGCAUUAAAAAGUCAAGAAGUCUAUGAGAAUUUUCUCAGGUGUUUGGUAAUAUACAAUCAAGAGCUAAUCUCUAGAGCAGAUUUGGUUUUAUUAGUCGCUCCAUUUCUAUCAAAAUACACCGAUCUUUUUAAAUGGUUCAAGGAUUUUUUGGGUUAUAAAGAAACUAAUAAUAAUGUUGAAAUAGUUCCUAAAAAAGUUGAGACUCAGGAACGGGAAAGAGUAGUUGGAGAUUUUGCUACUGAAAUUGAUUAUUCUUCAUGUGUGAAGUAUGGUGCAAGCUAUCGAGCUGUUCCUAGGAAUUAUGUACAGCCUAAGUGUAGUGGUCGAACACAGUUAUGUCGAGAGGUUUUAAAUGACACUUGGGUCUCCUUUCCAUCAUGGUCAGAAGACUCUACAUUUGUAAGUUCGAGGAAAACACAGUUUGAAGAAUAUAUAUACCGGUGUGAAGAUGAAAGAUUUGAGUUGGAUGUUGUGCUUGAAACCAAUUUAUCUACUAUAAGAAUAUUAGAAGCAGAAAUGGUCAAAAUAAACAGAAUGACUCCUGAAGAAAAAGUUCGGUAUCGUUUAGAUGACACAUUAGGAGGAGGUUCUACUGUGAUCCAGCAGCGAGCAAUAAAAAGGAUUUAUGGUGACAAAGCUAAUGACAUCAUUGAAGGGCUAAAGAAAAACCCUGUAUCUGCAAUACCGUUAGUUUUAAGGCGGUUAAAAGCAAAAGAAGAGGAAUGGCGUAAAGCCCAAAAGAGUUUUAAUAAAAUAUGGCGAGAACAAAAUGAGAAAUAUUACCUAAAAUCUCUUGAUCAUCAAGGUAUAAAUUUCAAGCAAAAUGAUGUUAAAUUUCUUAGGUCAAAAAGUAUCUUGAGUGAAAUUGAAACAAUAUAUGAUGAGAGGCAUGAACAGGCUGAUAAUGAGGAUGGUGUAACAGAUGUUCCUACUGGACCCCAUUUAAUUCUGUCAUAUAAAAAUAAAGAUAUCUUCAAAGAUGCUGCUAACCUUAUUAUCCAUCAUGUUAAAAGGCAAACUGGGAUUCACAAGGAAGACAAGCAGAAAAUCAAGAAUAUCAUGCGUCAGUUCAUACCUGAUUUCUUCUCAGUUCCUCGAAUAGAUCUGUCUGAUGAUGAAAUGGACAAAGAUGAAAGUGAAUAUAUGGAAACUGAAGAUGGUAAUGAGAGCCCAAAAUUGAGUGUGUAUAGGGAUUUAUUAUCUUUAAACCUUGGUUGUACAAAUAAUGGAUUUAAUCGGGAAACUUCAAAUAGUGGAAGAAUUUCGCCACCUCAGGAUGAAAAAACCUCAGACAGAACAUUUACGAGUUGUGCCCAAAGCAGUACAAUGGAUAACUCCCUUCCUGAUGAAUCAUAUACACUUCUGUUUGGAAAUAAUCAUUGGUACAUAUUUUUUCGUCUUCAUCAUAUACUAUGCGAGCGAUUGUGGAAGAUAUACGAGCGCUCGCAAAUUUUGAUAGCUGAAGAAAUGAAAGACAAAGCAGACAGGGCAGUUUCAACUGCUGUGGCACUUAGGCUUCGACCUCGGAACAAUAUUGAUGUAAAAUCAUACUAUCCUGCUUUUCUGGAUAUGGUAAAGAAUUUAUUGGAUAACAACAUUGAAAGCAGUCUAUAUGAAGAUAAUUUACGAGAGAUGUUUGGAAUUCACGCUUAUCUUGGUUUCACCCUUGACAAAGUUAUCCAGAAUGUAGUGAGGCAGUUGCAGCACGUAGUUGCAGAUGAUUCCUGCACACAUUUGACUUCUCUGUUUCUUGAAGAAGCAAAAAAUAAAGCGACAGGAGGUCCUUGUGCAACUGCAUCUCAUCGUGCCGCAGCUGAACUUGCAUACCAACGGAAAGCAGAGCCAUUAAGAGAUGAGAAUGAUAAUUUGUUUAAGAUUAUUGUGUACAAAGAAGAAGGCAAACUUACUAUUGAGAUGUUAGACACAGAUUCAGAUGCAUCAGAAGAUCAGAGUGCUGGUAAUAAAUGGAAUGUUUUUGUAAGAAAAUAUACUUCUGAAGAAUCACUUGCCAACUUAGUGAAAGAACAGCUAACAAAGAAUCCAAUUUUCCUUCCAAGGCAAGUAAACAGCUGGUGGAAUCAUACGAAAAGUGUGCAUGAAGAAAAAGAAUCUGCUCAAACAGCUCAAGAAAAUGAAAUGGCGCUUCGCAGUAUACAAGACGAAAUAGAUUCGAGUAAAAUAGACUUAAGUCGUCUUGAAGAUGGUGGUGCAGGUGAAGCUGUAAAAGGUUUAGUGGGUCUAAAUGCCAAAGCUAAAUAUUUAGAAAGGACAAGACAAAAUAAAUUGGCAGAAAAUGCAGAAUCUUCGUCUCAUAAUUUUGGCUGUCGAUUUAAUUUGAACUCUUAUAAGAUGACUUGGAUAAUGGACAGUGAAAAUUGCUUGUACAAGAAAAAAUGUCUUACGAAAGCUCAGCAGUCUCAUCAAAAAGUGUCAGAAAAGUUAAAUAAACGUUUUCGAGAUUGGCACAAGCGAUGGUUGAAAGAAAAUGUUGAUGAGGAACAAGAGAAACUCUGCCGGAACUGGUUGUUAGGACUUACCGAGGACAGUGUACCGACAGUUUGCAUUAGAGUGGACAAUCCUACAAAAUCUCCAUACACUUGUUACAAUCGGUACAAAAUACAGGUGCGAGAAAAAACUUGAAGCAUCUUGUACCUUUACAAGCAUCUGCAUGUAUAGCAAAUAACAGCCAGUUCAAAAUAUGAAACAGAGUUCACUCCUGUUUCAUAAAAAUUACAAUCAUAACAUCUGCUACGUGCCCUUACUUUCGUUUCAUUGACUCUACCAUUUUAUUUAACAAGACAUCAAAACUACUGUCUCGUGCUGAGUUUCUUCCAUAUCAUUUUUUGUUCAUAAUUCAUUGGACUAGAAAAGAUAAUCUGCCUAUACUUGAUAUUCAUUUUGUACUCAUUUGUAUAUCUCAUUAUUAUACAUGAAAUGAAUGUUUUCUUGAACUCUCGAGCCAUGCUGUUAAUGCACAAGGAAACACCAGUGGACCAGAUGUUAUGGCUUUUAAUUUUAAUAUUGAAUGAAGCAGCUGCCAAAAACAUAUGCUGAUUUUAUUCACCCAAACAGAUUAUUUUUAUUCACGUGGAUGUUCAACAGGACUAUGCAUAAGUUGAUAACCUUGUAAUAAUGUAAUUAAUUUCGUGGUAGUUUUUUUAGCAUUGUCAUCCAUGAAAACUGUAAAAUUUAUUCCAUUGUACAAAACACUGGCUGAAAAAUUAUGAAAUAUUUUACAUUAUGUGGUAUUUUUGUACCUUGAAAUCAUUGAGGUAAGGAAAAGAGAUAUUUAUAGUUUGUGCAAGUGAUACUGUUGCCACCUAACUCUAAAGAACUCUUGGAAAAUAUUUGAAGGAAAUCAUAAAAUUUUUUUACUGCCCUCAGUGUUCUUGUACAUUUGUCAUUUAAAAAGAUCAUGACUUUGUGUGUUGUUUGUCUGUUUUGCAAUAUUGAAAUAAAACUUUAAAUGGAGAUCAGGGGA